AAGGUAGGAGAAAUCGACAGAACACCGGCGCAGGCGUCACGAAACGUGUGGGAUCCUCCUUCAUCCUCUCCUCCGCAAGCUGCUCUCCUCCUGCACUUCAGUUCAGCUCUUUAUCGUACAACUUUACAUUUCAAGUGAAAAAAGGGAUCUGUUAUGAUUUUCCAUUCAUCUCUUGGACUAACUGAUUGUAAAGGUUCACUGGAUCUAUCAUGUCAUCUCAAGGGGAUCUGAGGUGUUUAGUUGGAUUUGUUGCUCUACUGGGAAUUUUAAUGGGGAAAAUCUCAGGAAUUCAUGGAAAAGCGACUGUUCAUAUGGAUGGAUCCCAGAGACGAGAAAAACAAGAGUCCCUGAGAGGACCUAAUGUGUGUGGAUCUCGUCUGCAGUCCUACUGCUGUCCAGGCUGGAAGACUCUGCCCGGGGGGAACCAGUGUGUUGUGCCUAUUUGCCGGAACAGCUGUGGUGAUGGUUUCUGCUCCAGACCCAACAUGUGCACAUGUCCUGGUGGCCAGAUAGCCCCAACCUGUGCCACCAAAUCAUCCCAACAAUGCAAUAUCAGAUGUAUGAAUGGAGGGGUGUGUGAAGAUGACCAUUGCCAGUGUCUAAAGGGAUAUACAGGAAGCUUUUGUGGACAGCCUGUCUGUGAGAAGACUUGUCAGAAUGGUGGACACUGCAUUGGACCAAACCGCUGUGCGUGUGUAUAUGGCUUCACUGGGCCGCAGUGUGAGAGAGAUUACCGAACAGGCCCGUGCUUCAUCCAGGUCCGCAACAGGAAGUGUGGAGGUCAGAGCAGUGGAUUUGUAUGCAGUAAAGCACUGUGCUGUGCCACGGUGGGUCAAGCAUGGGGUCACACAUGUGAGUUGUGUCUACCUCUCAGCUCAUCCUGCAGCAGAGGGUUCAUCCCAAACACCCGCACAGGAGCCUGCCAAGAUGUUGAUGAAUGUAAGGUUGUGCCUGACCUGUGUAAAGGAGGAAGGUGCAUCAACACAGUGGGCUCAUAUCAGUGCCAGUGUCCGGCGGGUUACCAGCAGCACAUGAGUUCGCUGAAGUGUGAGGGUGAGUAA